AUGGCGGCAUAUACUCUGUUCUUUGGUACCUUUAUUGAUCUUCCACGGACACCUGCAGAUGGAAAGCAUGAACUUUCGAUCCAUCACGGUGCCCUUUGGGUGGGAUAUGAUGGCCUGAUCAAGGGAUUCGACUGGAAUGUUCGAGAUGAGGGUGAUCUCCAAGCGCUGAUCGAGAAGAAGGAAUGGGUGCUGGAUAAUGGCGAGAACAAGAAGUCCAUCUCGAGUGUCAAAGUAAUCAUCGCAAGGGAGGAUCAGAAUGAGUUCUUCUUUCCGGGGUUUAUUGAUACGCAUAUUCAUGCUUCGCAAUAUCCCAAUUCGGGUCUCUUUGGGUCGUCUACUCUUCUUGACUGGUUGCAAACAUAUACAUUUCCUCUGGAAAGUUCUUUUGGAAAGUCUAUUUCCAGCGCCAGGAAAAUCUACAACCAGGUCGUCUCGCGCACUCUCGCGCAUGGCACUACAUGUGCUGCUUAUUUUGCAACCAUCCACGUUCCGGCGACGAAUGCUCUAGCAGACCUCUGUCUCGAACGAGGCCAAAGAGCCCUCAUCGGCCGCGUCUGCAUGGACAAUCCAGACAUCUGUCCAGAUUACUACCGUGACGCUUCCCCCGAGGAAUCCCUAUCAGCCACCCAGACUACAAUCUCACACAUCCACACCAUCGACCCGUUCGGAAGCCUCGUCAAACCCAUCAUCACACCUCGUUUCGCCCCAAGCUGCUCAACCACCGCAAUGAAAAACCUAGGCCAGCUCGCUGCAUCGUACAGCCCACCUCUACACAUCCAAACCCACAUCUCAGAAAACAAAGACGAAAUAUCCCUCGUCCACAAGCUCUUCCCAGAGAGCAAGAACUACGCAGACGUCUACGACCGCUUCAACCUCCUCACCCCUCGCACUAUCCUCGCUCACGGCGUACAUCUCACCAAAGCCGAACGAACACUCAUUCAAUCCCGCCAGUCGAAAAUUUCGCACUGUCCUGCUUCCAACUCCGCCUUGGGAUCCGGGCUAUGUCCUGUUCGCCGGUUACUUGAUUCCGGCAUCACCGUUGGUCUUGGAACAGACACUAGCGGCGGAUAUAGCCCUAGUAUCCUCGAAGCGGUGCGUCAAGCACUUCUCGUCUCGCGGCUACUCCCACACACCGUACCCAGCGACGAGGAGGGAAAGAAAGACGAAAGUCAAAGCCAAAUACUCAGCGUGGAAGACGGUCUCUACCUCGCUACACGAGGCGGUGCCGCAGUCGUGGAUAUGGCCAAUGAAAUCGGCGGGUUCGAUCUCGGGAUGUCCUGGGAUGCACAACUGAUUCAGCUCGGUUACCCAGCUAGUUCUGUGGGAUGGGACGGGACAAAGACAGUCGGCAGUGUUGAUGUGUUUGGGUGGGAGUCUUGGUCUGAGAAGGUUCACAAGUGGGUGUGGACUGGAAGUGAUCGGAAUGUCAAGUCUGUGUGGGUUCUUGGGAAACUGGUACAUAGUCGACGUGAUGUUGAUGUUGAUGGGGAUUGUUUGGAGGGUCUUACAUCCAUCUGGAAAAGCAAGUCUAUUAUGACUGCUUUUGGGGCUGGGUUACUUCUUGCUGGGUGGGUUGUUAGGUCUGGUGGAUAUAUGAGGUAA